AUGAUAUCAUAUAGGUUAUAUAACGAAUCUGUCCCCGGUGCAGUUAAAAAAGUCACCAUAAAUGAGAACCAGUAUCUUUUUGAAUAUCCAUGUGAAUCUCACUAUAUUUGCACAGAUUAUCAAAUCAUACUUUCACGCGGCAAAUAUAUGUUUGAACUAUAUGGUGCAUCAGGUGGUUCUCUUAAUAAUAAAACAUCAUCAUAUCGAUUCGAAAAUAAUUCGUGCAUCGACGAUUCCAUUGUUCGACGGUAUAACGGCAACACUCAAUGCGAAAAAAUCGGGAGUAAUGGUGGUGCGGGAGGUUAUAUUUCAGGCACUAUUAUUCUCCAUUCCGACACUAUCACUUUUUUGACAAUUGGAGGAAAAGGAAUUUUUUCCUACAAUAUCGAAGAGAAAAAUACCGAUAGAUGCUUUAGCGAAUAUCGAAACAGAGGAGGCUAUGGCGGCGGAGGUAGCUCGGCAAAUUAUUUUUACAGUCAACAAAUUAAAGGUACAGGAAGUGGAGGUGGUCAAACCACUGUCAAAUUUCUGAAAAAUGAUUUGUGGUAUCGAGUAUUAGUUAGCGGUGGUGGAGGCGGUACAGAUGAUGCAUCUGGUGGAAAUAACGGUAUGGUUGACGAUGGUUCAGGAGGUGCAGGAGGAAAUAUAAUUGCACAAAGUUGGUUUUUGAAUGGAAAAUUACAAAAAACAUAUUUUGCUAAUUCUACGAAUGGAUUCACAUUUGGAACAGGAGAAGCUGCACGAUUUGACCCUAAGAAGAAUCCAAAUUCUGUCACAAAUGGUGACAAAUUUGACAAUGCUGGUGCCGGUGCAGGUUGGUUCGGUGGAUUUGCAUCACAGAGCCAGCAAGGAGGCGCUGGUGGAGGAAGUUCUUGGGCAUUAUCACGUGAUGCGAUCAUCCCAGAAGGUGAUAUUGAAGCAACCGACGAAUUUUAUGAUAAUGCGGAAUCACAUCCAUAUGGAUUCACAAAGACAUCCGGUUAUUUAUUCACAGAUGUCGAACAUGCAGCCGGUAUCUGGAACGGCCAUGGACGAAUCAUCAUUACAUAUAUAAGUUCUCUUAAAUGUCCAUCUUUCAUAUAUUCUCUUCCUCUUAAUAUCAACAUUCUAAUAUUCAUUAUCUUACUUGAUCAAAACUCAUCUUAA